UUUCUUGGAACUGUAUCUGGCUUUAGUAAAGAUGCUAAAAUAGAAAAAGUCAUAUUUUAUUAUAUUAUUAAGUAUAAAAAAAUAGCUUCUGGAAUAUAUAUACUAGAUAAUAAAGCAGAUUUUGAUUAUUCUAUGCAUUAUGGAAACAAAGAG